AUGCUUGCAACGAACAAACCGGUAGCUGAUGUCGACUCCGGCCGCAAACUUGGGAGACUUCCUUCGAGUAUUGAUGGCAGUGCAGGCUGUGCUCCUGACACUUCACCAUCGAGGACCGAUCCACGGUACCAGCGGGUGCGACCAUCGUCACAUCCAAGUUCGUCUGGAAAACGAAACGGAAUGCACUCGGCGAAGUCACCGGCCACAAGGCACGGCUCGUGGCGCAGGGAAAUCGGCAACGCGACGGCAUCGACUUCAACGAAACCUUCGCACCAGUCGCACGCUUCUCCUCGAUACGCUCACUCCUCGCGCUGGCGGCCGCCAACGGCUUGCACGUGCACCAGGCGGACAUCGACAAAGCCUAUCUGCAUGGCGACCUUGACCAUGACAUCUGGAUGACGACACCGCGCGGCUUCGACCUUCCCACCGACAAGGUGCUUCGUCUGCGACGCUCCAUCUACGGACUCAAACAGGCUGGCCGAAUCUGGAAUCGACACAUCGACGCAUCGCUUCGAGAUCUCGGCUAUACGGCGACGGGCACCGACCACUGCGUGUACUCUCGGAUCGACGAUCGGCGACGCCCACACUACAUCGCGCUGUACGUCGACGACCUCCUGAUGAUCAGCCCCGACUUGGCCGAAAUUGAACGUGUCAUCUCGGGCCUCGAACAACGCUACGGCGUCAAGCGCCUCGGCCCGGCAGAGUACAUCCUCGGCAUCCAGAUCAGGCGACUCGAAGACGGUUCUAUUGCCCUGUCCCAGGAACGGUACAUCAUGGACGUGCUUGCUCGGUUCCACUUCGACACCACGACUCGCGGCACUACAGUCCCGAUGACCCCCGGCCUUUCGCUCACCGCCAUCCCGGGUCAAGGCACCGAACGGAUCAGGUCAUGGUAUCUGCAGGCUAUCGGCUCGCUCCUCUACAUUUCGCUCGGCACCCGCCCCGACAUCGCCUUCGCCGUGUCCUACCUGGCCCGCUUCGCCAACAACCCUGGACGUCGUCACUGGAUCGCGGUCAAGCACAUCCUCCGCUAUCUCCGGGCCACAUAUCGCGACGAACUGGUUUAUGCUUGCGGCGAGACACGCAUCACGGGCGUGGUUGGCUACUCCGACGCGAACUGGGGGGCCUGCGUCGAUACGUCGGUGUCCACUAUGGGCUACGUCUUCUACAUUGCCGGAUCCGCCGUGUCUUGGUCGUCCAAGCGUCAAUCUCGAGUUGCCGAUUCUACCACCGACGCUGAAUACCUCGCCCUCUCGCAUGCUGGCAAGGAAGGGAUCUACCUCAGUCAGCUGCUCGAGGAGCUCCAUGUCCAACCUGUUGCACCGGCUCACAUUUUUACUGACAAUGAAGCCGCUGCCGCAGUUGCCCACGACCCUGUCCGCGUCUCCGGCACUCGACACAUACGCUUGCGCGAGCACUUUGUUCGGGACAUGGUGAAUCGGGGCGAUAUCUCACUCUCGCAUGUGGGAACCAGCAACAUGGUGGCUGACAUCUUCACAAAGGCUCUUGGCCCAAAGAUUUUCUCGACACACUGCUACGCACUAGGCCUUCGCACUCGACACCCACGGCUUGGAUCUGCCUCGCAUUCGCGUGGGGGGGGUGUGAAGAGUCCACUCUCAGCUCGACAGGGGCGCCUCGGUCGUUGCGCGCGCCUGCUAGCCUGGCCCCUGUGGUGGGGACUUAGGCGCGCGCGAGUGCCUCAGCGCGCCGGCGCCGGCGGUUUUCGGGCGCGCGCCGCUAGCCCGCCCUUGCAGUGGGGACUUAGCCGCGCGCGACUGCCUCAGCGCUCCAGCGAUUUCGCCCGCGCCUGGGCAUAUCCCAGCGCGGGCCACCUUUCCAUUUCUUAGCUUCCUUCUCAUCACUUCUGUUCGACUCUCGACUUCUCCUGACAGUAG